CACACACACACACACACACAUACACACACGCACGGAUGAACGCACGCACACACGCACACAGCUGGAGAUGCGACAUGGGGCCGGCGGGUUAUUGAGGUCCGGGUAGAAAUAGAACACGAGGACUCUGUCACCCGGGAGGUGGACUGGUCUAGGAGGAGGACUCUGGACUGGGAGGUGGACUGGUCUAGGAGGAGGACUCUGGACUUGGAGGUGGACUGGUCUAGGAGGAGGACUGGUCUAGGAGGAGGACUGGUCUAGGAGGUGGACUGGUCUAGGAGGAGGACUGGUCUAGGAGGUGGACUGGUCUAGGAGGAGGACUCUGGAAUGGGAGGUGGACUGGUCUAGGAGGAGGACUCUGGACUGGGAGGUGGACUGGUCUAGGAGGAGGACUGGUCUAGGAGGAGGACUGGUCUAGGAGGUGGACUGGUCUAGGAGGAGGACUCUGUCACCCGGAAGGUGGACUGGUCUAGGAGGAGGACUCUGUCACCCGGAAGGUGGACUGGUCUAGGAGGAGGACUCUGUCACCCGGGAGGUGGACUGGUCUAGGAGAAAGACUGGUCUAGGAGGUGGACUGGUUUCGGAGGAGGACUCUGUCACCCGGGAGGUGGACUGGUCUAGGAGAAGGACUGGUCUAGGAGGUGGACUGGUCUAGGAGGAGGACUCUGGACUGGCCGAACAGCGAUUGAUCAAAUGAACCACAGACGGCUGCUGCUCUGAAGCUUAAGAGGAGCUAUGAGUGGCAGGGUUAACCCUAACCCUAUGAGGGGCGUUCUGAAGAGGAGGUUUGAGGAGGUGGAGGCGUCCCCAUCCCCCCGCUCCUCCAUCAGGGAGUCCGAUGAGGAGCUGUCCUCGGAGAGCGGCGACAGCGCUGACAGCCUGAACCCGUCCGCCUUGGGACCCGUCGUCCCUGACUCCGUAUUGAAGAGGGGGAAACGCCGCCGCACCAGAAGGGUCCAUUUUGAGAAUGUAACAGUGUACUACUUUGGCCGCAGGCAGGGGUUCACCAGCGUUCCCAGUCAGGGGGGCAGCACGCUGGGUAUGUCCAGCACACACAGCUGGGUGAGGCAGUACUCGCUGGGGGAGUUCGCCCUGGAACAAGAGAGACUACAUCGGGACAUGCUCCGGAACCACCUGAAGGAGGAGAGGGUCAACUCAAUCAAACACAAGCUGAGCCAGGGCGGCUGGGGGGGGUCGGAGGAGGCCCAGGCGCUGGCGGCGGACGACAUCUCAGAUGAGGACCUGGACAGCACGGAGGUGGACGAGUACUUCUUUCUGCAGCCCUUGACCACCAAGAAGAGGAGGGCUCUGCUGCGCUCCUCAGGGGUCAAGAAGAUCGCCGUGGAGGAGAAGCACGAGCUGCGGGCCGUCCGCACGUCGCGGGAGGACUGCGGCUGCGACUGCAGGGCGUUCUGCGACCCUGAGACCUGCGCCUGCAGCGCGGCCGGGAUCAAGUGCCAGGUGGACCGCCUGGCCUUCCCCUGCGGCUGCACCCAGGAGGGCUGCAGCAACACCGCCGGCCGGCUGGAGUUCAGCCCCCUCCGGGUGCGGACCCACUUCCUGCACACCAUCAUGAAGCUGGAACUGGAGAAGAGCCGUGAGCAGCAGCAGCAGCCUCCCCCUAGCAACGGUUACCACGGUGAGAACGGAAUGGGCAGCGGCAGCGCCCGGGUCCAGUCUCAGCACGGCCUGGAGUACGGCCGGUCGGACGCCCUUCCCCAGGGCCCCCUCAUGCACCUGCAGACCCCCAGAGAGAUGGACCAGCACCUGGAGGAUGAAGAGGAGGAGGAGGAUGAUGAAGACGAGGAGGAGGAGAAUGAGGAAGAUGAGGAGGACGAAGAGGACAGCAGCAGUGUGUGCAGUGAAAUCUCCGACUCCAGCACACAGAGCUUGGCUAACAGUGACUCUGAGGAGGAUGAGGAGAACCAGGAUGAUGAAGAUGAAGAAAAGGGGGUGAUCUUCAAGAGCGGGGCCAUACCCCAUGUGUCCCCGCCGACCACCGCCUUGGGCUCCACAGAGGACUCUGGCGCUCAAGACGUGAACGGGAACAGGUGCUUGCCAGACUCGUCCCCUGGAGAGGUUCAGCUGGAGAGCUCCAGCAGCACAAAGGCCCCCAGCUCAGCCUGCCAACACCCUGACCCCCCGGAGAGAGAGCGCCCCACCUCCCAGGACCCACUGGGCAGAGUCCACACGCUGGGCGGAGUCCACACACUGGGCGGAGUCCACACGCUGAGCGGAGUCCACACGCUGGGCGGAGUCCACACGCUGGGCGGAGUCCACAAGCUGGGCGGAGUCAACACACUGGGCGGAGUCCACACGCUGGGCGGAGUCCACAAGCUGGGCGGAGUAAACAAACUGGGCGGAGUCCACACACUGGGCGGAGUCCACACACUGGGCGGAGUCAACACACUGGGCGUGGUCAACACACUAGGCAGAGUCAACAAACUGGGCGGAGUCAACACGCUGGGCGGAGUCCACACACUGGGCGGAGUCAACACGCUGGGCGGAGUCCACACAGUGGGCGGAGUCAACACACUGGAUGGAGUCAACACACUGGGCGGAGUCAACACACUGGGCGGAGUCAACACGCUGGGCGGAGUCAACACGCUGGGUGGAGUCCACACACUGGGCGUGGUCAACACACUGGGCAGAGUCAACACACUGGGCGGAGUCAACACACUGGACGAAGUCAACACACUGGACGAAGUCAACACACUGGGCGCAGUCAACACGCUGGACGGAGUCCACACGCUGGGCGGAGUCCACACGCUGGGCGGAGUCAACACGCUGGGCGGAGUCCACACGCUGGGCGGAGUCCACACGCUGGGCGGAGUCAACACGCUGGGCGGAGUCCACACCCAGGACAGGCAGCAGGCCUCGUCCCGUGGGCUAGCGCUGGAGCGCUACAUGGAUGACCCCCAGCCAGCCGGCCAGCGCCUCACGGCUGGUCCCCAGCCCCCCCUGCCCUCCAGCCCCCCC